CUAUCAACAUGGUGAACUGCAGGUACGAAAGUGUGCGUCGCACAUCGUACCGUUUUGGCCUGCGAGAAUCGUUGGAGGGCGAAGACUUUAACCUGUACUGGACUGACACCAGCGUCACGCUGGACAGACUGGUCGGCAUCAAACCCUACCAGAAGGUCAACCACUUCCCUGGCAUGAUGGAGGUGUGCAGGAAGGACAUGCUGGCCAGGAACCUCAACCGCAUGGCCAAGAGGUUCCCCAAAGACUACAGUUUCUUCCCCCACACCUGGUGCCUGCCAGCAGAUUACAGUGACUUCCAGGCAUAUGCACGAGCGAAGAGGCACAAGACGUUUAUCUGCAAGCCGGACUCGGGGAGUCAAGGCAAGGGGAUAUUCCUGGUCAAGUCUGCCAGGGAGGUUCCUCAUGGGGAGCACAUCAUCUGCCAGCUUUACAUAGCCAAGCCACUGAUCAUUGACGGUUAUAAGUUUGACCUGAGGAUCUACGUGCUGGUGACCUCCUGCGACCCCUUCCACAUCUUCAUCUACAAGGAAGGACUGGCCCGCUUCUGCACCAGUCAAUACUGCCAGCCUGCUAAGACUAAUAUGGAGAACAUCUGCAUGCAUCUAACCAACUACGCCAUAAACAAGCGCAGUGAGAACUUUGUGCGUGAUGAAAAUGCAGGAAGCAAAAGGAAGCUUUCAGCAUUGACCCGCCUCUUGCAGGAGAGAUCCUGUGACGUCAUGAAGCUGUGGCUCGACAUCGACGAUCUGGUCAUCAAGACUCUGGCGUCGGCCCACUCGGUCCUGAGUCACAGCUACCACACCUGCUUCCCCCGCCACGCCCUGCCAGGCUCAAACUCAUCUGGAGCCUGUUUUGAGCUGCUGGGUUUCGAUGUGUUGCUAGACCAGAGGCUGAAGCCAUGGUUACUGGAGGUGAACCACUCUCCCAGCUUCACCACCGACUCUGCCCUGGACCGUGAGGUGAAGGACCGCCUGCUGUCCGACACGCUGGUCCUGGUGAACCUGACGGCGUGCGACCGCCGACGGGCUGAGCAGAACCAGCGGCGACAGAUCAGAGCCAGGCUGCAGCGGGGUCACUGUAGAGAGAGCAUGGAGGAGCAGGUUGUGGAGGACGCACAGCGGGAACAGAGGGUUCUUCGGUACGAGGACGGCCACCUGGGAGCCUACCGGAGGAUCUUCCCCAGGGAAGGCGGCGACAAGUACGACAAGUACUUCCUGCACAGCUCCUCGCUGUUCCAGGAGACGGCUGCGUCCCGGGCCAGGGAGAAGUGUACCAGGGAGCAGUUGCAGGAGCUGUAUGAGAAGCAGCAGAGCAACCGAAACAUCGCGGAUCGCUGGCGGGGGCUGCAGGGGGAGUCGGCGGGGGAGAAGCGAUGUAGGACCUCUCAGUCUUCCCUGGGUCCGGCCCCCCACCACACGAAAACUAACACGCAUGCCGGGAGUACUCCACACUUGCUGCCGGCGUUGCCUGCGGCAACAGUCUGCUGGAGGAAAGAGGAAGUAGAGGAGGAGCAGAAGCGACUGCGGGAGUUACGGCUCCGUGAAAACCUAAUAAGAAACCUCGGUGUGGCCAAACAGUUGUACAACAUGUUCCACGACGCGCCGUCAUCCAAACAGGCCAACGCCCCGCUGUCCGUCCUGACCGAAUCCCACCUGCUUCUCAGAAGGAUGACCACCAUGCUGGAGCCCUUAAGAUCUGAUGGAAGGAGCUUUCAGAUUGUGCCCACUCUGAGCAUCAGUACUGAAUGUGAGAUGGACUUUGCCUCUCUGAACCCACCAUCAAAUCCAAUCUCCAACCAUCUGCCCCCAAGCGGUUCCCCCAAGCGGUCCAAGCCCAAGUCUGAGCCAAGCCUUUAUCAUCGUCAGCAGCAGCACCAUCCUCCCAUCAGCACCGACCAGAACCCCCAGCCAGUCCCGCUAAACUCCCAGAACCCCCAGGGUCCGAACCAGGCCAUGAGUGAGCCCCACAUCAGAGCUCAGUACCAACCCCACCCGUGGGCCCCCCAGCAGCUGUUCGGCCCAGACUCCCAGGGCCAUGCCCAGCUCCGGGUUCCCACUCCAGGCCAGACUCACCCGGGAAAACCCCUAAGACCACAAGCCUCCGCCGCCGCAUUGCUUAACAGCUGUGUUGUACAGACCAGUGUAACCGUGAAGGCCAGCAAAAGACAUGCCUCACUACCCACCAGUGGGUCCUUCUGUAAACUAGGGUCCACGAAGAGCAACUUUGCAGUGCGAAGAUCUCGUGGCCAUACAAACUCAUGGCACCCCUCUCAGCUGAUAUGUCCCACAGGCGUCUAUAGCGACCUCCACAUUGUGUCUGGUCCCGCCCCCAUCAAUAAACGACCCAGCCAAUGUCCCAUCAGGCACAGCGAGACCCCCAGAUGUGGCACCAAACGGUGAUAACUCCCUGGUCCAAUGCUCUGAGGCGCAUGGACCAGCAUUAGGAAGCAGUUCCAGAGACGCAUCGCCCCCCCCCCCCGGAAGAUGUCCCAAGGAGAGAGCGACUUUAAAAGAGCCAGAGAGAAGCAGGACAACACCAGACCAACUCCACGCAGCAAAAUAUCUGCAUUUUUAUCAUAUUUUUAUUCAUUUUUAUGUUUAUAUCUUGGUGGAUUUAUUAGACAAACAUGUUUAUUGUUAUGUAUGCUGGUGGGAAAAUAAGUGCUUUAGUUUUAAAUAGUUUCAUUUUGUUAUAAAUGAAUGAAUUAUUUUGUAAUUAUUAUGGUAUUACUGUGUAGUUGUUGUUGUUUUAUAUUGUUAGUCUUCUCCAACUCAGGAAUGUGUCAUUAGAAUAUCAGGAAAUUUGCAACUGAUUGAUAUUCCCCAGUGUUCUGUUGAUCUUGCUUCCUGCUGUCAACAACAGGUUUGACCGAAGGAUGCAUUUAAGUAGUUCUCCUGCACUUUUAUAGGCUUUCCUGUUUGGAGGGCUUGAAUUGCUUGAGAGGCUGUCUGUGGUCAUCUUAGAUAUAUAGAAUACAAAUAAUAAAAGAACACGUACUGUUGUUUCUCAGUUACAUGUCUAUAUCUUUCAAUUAAUUUUAUUGUGAACGUUAGUUAUGUCACAGACUGUGUUACACAUUAUCUUAUGGUCGCAACAUGUCAGCAGAAUAUACCCGUCAACAUGGAGAAACAAACCAGUUCUAUUUCAUGUAGGCUUCGCCGUCGAGGCUUCGCCUUAUGGGCUUGUCCCGUGCGCGCACUGAAAAAUUUAAACUAUGCACCAAUCAACUUGGGUACCGCCUACAUUUCCCACGGCACCGUGUAUAUAAGGCGGCGCAAACCGCCGCCCAUCCUCCCUUUUCUUUCAGCGAUUUGUACUGAUCAACGAAACCGAAGAUAUGACUUCCAAGAUGACCGGUGGCAGCGGCGUGGGCGCUCAGCCAGAUGGCUAUAGGGUGGCGGCCGGACGGCGUGUUUACAUAACCUUUGGUUCACCUGCUUCUAAGAAGCAGCGUCCCUUUGAGCGUCGUGGGUGGGCUGGAGACUCAUUACACAAACCCGGAGAUACGGACGCUUGUACUAGUUUCCUAGUUUCCCACAUUAUCCCCUCUACCUUCCUUCUACAGUCUGUGGAAGGUGAGGAGACGGGUCUGCGUGCUGUGGUUACAGCCAGCGGACAACGCACGGUCAUGAGUGCUACGGCUACAUGGCUCGUUGCCUGUUCAGCGGACACGAGCG